AUCAAUUAAUAUUUGUUUCUUUUAUUGUAAUAAAAAUUUCAUAAUUAUAAUUGAAAAUGCGUAUUAAAUUGAAUAUCAUGCAACUUACAUUGAACAAGAAUCCGUCUACUUAUUGGCUUCACGUAAACUUAGAUAACAUUUUUCAAAUAAAGCAACUUAAAAAAAAAAUACAAAAAGUGUUAAAGGAAUCUCGUGACAUAGAUCUAUGUCUUGAAAAUGUACCAUUUCUCGAUGAAGAUGACAUUAAUGCAAUUAAUGAAAAUGAAGAAAUAACUGUGGUAGUGAAAAAAAAAAAUAACUGUACAAAAUCAGAGUACUUCGAAACAUAUACUCAAAAGUUUGAUACUAGCAUUGAUUAUAAAAUAAAUUCUAUAAACAAUGACACAAGUAAUAUUUCUUCCGACAAUAUUUUAUCUACUGGAAAUAUAAAAUCAAAUCUUGAAAAUGAUCAUGAAAGUUCAGUUUCAUCAGUUGUACAAACAGUUUCUAAGAAAAGAAUUCGCAAAAGAACACAUAAAAAAAAAAAGCAAGUUGAACAAGUUGAACCAAUUGAAAAUAAUUAUUUAAAUACACAAUCUGAAACUUCUGUUACAUCUUUUAAAAAAUCUAGUAAAAUGCAUAAACGUUUUAAAUUAGAAAAUGAACAAGGGAAUGAAGAUAAUAGCUCAUCAGGAUCAGAUGAAUCUCUUCAUGUACAAAGAGAAGUUUUUCGUUGUAAUUCUUCUUCACAAAAUGUUGUUAAAAAAGAUGAUGCUAUCCAACCUAUUUGGAAAAAAAAAAGUCCAUUAAGAACUAAAGUCACUAAGGUACCAGUAUUUGUACGUGGUCAAACAUGUAUACCUACGAACUCUACAGAAAAUAUUUCAUAUGCUGAUAAUGGAAAUAUCCAGAAUAAUGAUAGCAAUACCAGUGAAGAUUAUGAUAUGUUAGUUGUUGAUUGGAAGAAUAUGAAUCCUGUAAAAAUAUCACAUAUUUCAGAGUUACAAAUUCAUGAUUUGAUACAAUUCAAAACAUUAUUCAUGAAUGAAUGUGGUGAACCAGGAAUGUCAUCUGUAAUAACUGCACGUUUGGAACACAUUUAUAAAAACACAUUACACAUCCAAGUUCUUUCUGGUAUUAAAGAAUUUAUGAUGCUUAAUUCAAAAUUCAACAUUGAUGAUGAAAAUAAUGGAACUCAACGCGAAGUCGAAUUCAAUGAUCUUUUUGAAGUUUUUAAACUCGUUUAGACUUGUGAUAUUUAAUAAUUAUUUUUAAUACACAUUUAAUGCCCAUUUGUG